GCGCCUGUGCGCCAGACUUUAAUAAGCCUCCCCCCUCCAACUCAGGUUAGUCUUAAACUGUCUUCAGUGGACACCAGGACGUACUUCACUCUAUCCGGAUGCGAGACAUUUCUCCAGUCAUGAUUCGGGCUUCGUCGUCCGUGGUCGUAUUACUACUCGUGCUCCAGGUUGUUGCUGGUCUGAGGGCCGACUCUGGAGAGAAACUGGUGAGAAAAAGAAGAGAAUGGGUUCUCCCUCCAAAGCCUCUGAUGGAAAAUGUGGACUACACCCAAAAGGAAUUUAUUGCCAGGAUUCGAUCAGAUCUUGACAACGGGAAUAAUGUUGUCUACUCCCUGGAAGGUCGUGGUGUCAACCAGGAACCCUUCAACGUGUUUUCAGUUGAUCCACGAACUGGAAACGUUCGUGUGAACAGAGUCUUGGACAGGGAACAAAUUGAUAUGUACAAUCUGUCAGGUGUUGCUAGGUACUUAAAUGGCGAGCUGGCUGAGAAGAACAUUGACCUACGAAUCAAAGUUGAAGAUCAGAAUGACAAUCCUCCAGUCUUCAAUCUAAAACAGCUUCCUGGACAAGUGCCUGAGCUCAGUCCUAGAGAUACUUUAGUUAUGCAGAUCGAGGCAACGGAUGCUGAUGAACCUGGGAAUGACAACUCCAAGAUUUUUUAUUCCAUCAUAAAUCAGAGUCCACCUGAUGACAUGUUCUACGUGAACAGCGACGGGAAGAUUUAUGUCAAACGUCCUUUUCUGGAUAGAGAGAAAACAGACCAGUACAUUCUGACGGUCAGAGCUCAAGAUUUAAAUGGCCGGCCAGGGGGAAACAGCGCCACUGGUACCGUUACCAUUAAAGUCGGCGAUGUGAAUGACAAUCCUCCCACUCUGGAAAAAGAAGAGUACAGUGGAAUGAUUGAGGAGAAUACAUAUGGCGUGGAGGUGAUGAGGAUCAAAGCAGAGGACCUGGACGUGGUGGACACGGACAACUGGCAAGCUGUGUUUGAUAUUGUCAAAGGCAAUGAAGCGGGUUACUUCAGCAUUAGAACAGACCCUAACACCAAUGAGGGCAUCCUAAUGCUUGACAAGGCUGUGGAUUAUGAGGAUGUAAAGAACCUUGAACUAGGGUUAUCUGUGAGGAACAAGGCUGCAUUCGCUGGGGGGAGUGGUGGUGGUGGAGGCAUAUUCAGUGGUGCAAGUGCAGGCAGUGGUGGGGCAUUCAAAACCUAUCCCAUCAAAAUCAGUGUAAAGAACCAGCCUGAGGGGCCACGUUUCGAUCCCAGCAUUAAAGCUAUUCCCCUCUCAGAGGGAUCCAGCUCUACCAGCAUUAACAGCAUUAUUGCCCGCUACCCUGCAAUAGAUGGAGACACUGGGAAACUAGCUGAGAAUGUCAGGUAUGCCAAGGGCUUAGACUCUGACAACUGGAUAACUGUUGAUCCGGUGACAGCUGAGAUCAAACUGAACAAGAUCCCUGACAGAGAAUCUCCAGCCCUGAUCAAUGGGACAUAUUACGCCAAGAUACUCUGCAUUACUGAAGACAUGCCGGCUAAAACGGCCACAGGCACCGUGGCCAUCCAGGUGGAAGACUUAAACGACAACUGCCCAGUCCUGACCAGUAACAUGCAGACUAUGUGCGCCACGGACAAAUCUAUUAUUGUGAGUGCCCAUGAUGAGGACGUGCACCCUCAUGGACCUCCCUUCCACUUUUCUAUUGUCGAAGAAGGCACUGACGGAAAAUGGCAAGUGCAGCAUCUCAAUGACUCUGCAGCUCUCCUGUUGACCGAGGAGCUCAUUUUUCCUGGUCUCUACACGGUGGAGUUUUUGGUGAAGGACAUGCAGGGCAAGGCCUGUCCAGAACCUCAGAAAGUGACGGUCCAAGUUUGUACUUGUGAGACUGAAGGAAUGUGUAAAGUAAAAGGUGCCGAUGCAAAACAAAUUGGACUAGGACCAGGAGGCAUUGGACUACUGAUAUUGGGCUUGUUGCUCUUACUCCUCAUUCCUCUGUUAGUGCUUCUCUGCCAGUGUGGGAAUGCCACAAAAUUUUCAGACUUGUUUGCUGAUAUACCUUCUGAAACCAAGUCACACCUCAUUAACUACAACACCGAGCACCAGGGAGAGAACACGGAGGUGCCACUACUCAGUGUGCCGGUGUGUACAGGCAUGGUUUCAAAUACGGCAAUGGCAGGUGGAAAAGGAUUUGAGACUAUUACUCAAAUGAGUGCGAUGAAUGGGAUGAACUGGAUGAAUAUGGACACCACUGACCACGUUUCUGGUUGCUACCAAGACGGGAUGUGGGGGAUGAACACGGGGCUUCAAAGUGAAUUAAUCACUGGAUUUGAGGGGACAGAAUCAGCAGCAGGUGGAGGAAUUUACCGUGAUAUGGCACUGUCAGAUCACGUCCUGGAGCGGUACUACAACAGUAAGCUUGCCCAUGCAAUCGAUAAUUCUGCAGUGGAGGAUCAUGCUGUCAACUAUGCAUAUGAAGGCCAUGGCUCUCCUGCUGGUUCAGUGGGCUGCUGCAGCCUUCUGGAGACUGACAAUGACCUGCAGUUCCUCAAUGACCUCGGACUCAAGUUCAAGACGCUGGCUGAGGUAUGUGGAGGCCAGACGACCCAAAUUGAAGACAAAAAAGUGUUGACUCCUCUUCCCAGUCACUCGGAAACCACUGCCAAGAUGUCGGUAUCAAGUUUGCAGACUGUCCAACAGCAGUCCUCUACACCCCAGCUGCAGUCAUCCAUUUCCAAAGCAGAGCAGACUGUGGUCAGGGAGACAACGGAGCAUUCUCAAAUUGUGAAGGGAAGCACAGCCAGCAAGAGAGAAGCAAUGACCACGGUCGAAACAGGAAUGGCAAAUCACAGUCAGAUGCUCCUACUGCAGCAGCAACCUCUCUACUACACCACCACCCCUGUGCUGCAGCCGAUGCAUUAUGUCGUCCAGCCACAGGUUCAGAACACUGUGCUUCUGGCCGAGGCGCCGGCAACAAACCUCCAAGGCAUGGUGCUGGUGAACGACACCCAGUCUGGACAUUCCCGAGGAGUCAUGGUUCAGGAGCAAACAGUGAUGUCUGGUGGUCAAACCCAAGGCUCUGGCAUGAUACUGUCAAACAACACUGGGGUCCAGAGGAGCGGUGUCAACUUGAUCCACACUGGAAACGUCUCUGGCUCUCAGGCCAUGAUGGUUGUUGACAGCAAAGUCCCUGUAGGGACAAUUAAAGUCCUAAAGGGAAAUCAGGCUCCCAUAGUUCAAGGAGGUAUUUUACAGUCUGGAAUGCUCUCAGGAUCUCAGAGUGUUUUGGUGGUCGGAGAGCAAACCAGCAGUGGAGGCCAAAUUAUUCAGGAGACACAAGGUCUGUCCCAGAUGAGGGAGGGCUCCACGUACAGCAAGACGAUUGUGGAAGAGAGAAAGACAGAAAUCCACUAAAGGAGAGGAAUAGACUUUUUUGGCAUCUUGGAAAAGCUUCAUUGCCAUUCUGUUGGUGAUGGGAAUUUUAUCGGACUAAAGUUUUGCAAGACAGCUCAUGGAUACAGUGCAACUAAAUAGUAAUACUCCAACCCACUGACUGUAUGGACAAACCCAUCGGGAUGUCACCCAUUGGAUUCUGAACCUUGAAAAUGAAGUGGGCGGAGCCUGCGGUCGCCAUGUUGGAUGAGCUUUACUCCGCCCACACUCAGAUACUCCAAAUAUGGACAUGGGCC